ACCUUGCGCUCUUUUGGUUCCGCCUUCACUAUAGAUAUCUGGCAGAAUACAUCGAUGAGGUUCGGAUGAACCAAAUCUUCAGUUGAGGCCAAACGGUUUUGUUUUGCAUCACGUUUUGAUUUUCAUACAGCCAGUGUCUGUUAAUUAGGUGCGCAGUUUGUUGUGGAGUCGGAAUGCCGCCUUUACAGUGAUUUGUGGAAUACAACCAAAGAGACACUGAAAAUGGCCACGAUCGUGGAAAACACGACAGCUGUCAGUUCAAAAAAGGACAAAAUUCGACUAGCCAAAGAAAAGAGAGCGGAGAAAGACAGGAGCCAAGCUGUGCGGGAGCGAUCUUUUUGGGAGAAGGAACAGCGUUCACAGCAGCAGUACGAACGCUCGCUGGAGGAACGAGGGAGGCGUAUGGAGGAGCAGCGGCAGAAGGAAAUGAUCCGUCGUUCAGCUGUGGAGGAGAAAAGGAGGCAGCGUAUGGAGGAGGAAAAGGAGCGGUUGGAGGCCUUGAUGCUACGCUCCAUGGAACGCAACCUGCAGGUGGACCAGAGGCCCAAACGCUGGACCUGGGGCGGACCUCCUGGAGUCUGCGAGGGUGACCCUAAGAUUGCCCCACCCUCUUCUCCUGCUUCUGCCUCCUUAGCCAAUGACCCUGCUGCUCACCUUACUGCCAGCAAAUCCAAGAACGUCCAAGAUUUUAUGAUUCCGCCCGAGUCCCCAGACUCUUCUUUGAGCAGACAUCUGUCCUCCUCCUCCGCUACAUUGCCCAAUAUGACCGAGAGAGCCUCCUCCAGCCCUCAUAAGUCUCCAUACAGGGCUUCUCCCAGUAGAGCCGAUCGGAAGAAGGUUAGUGCAUCAUUCUGUGGAACACUGGAUGACUCCAGAGGAGCAGCCACAAACCUGGAGACUCCUCAGGCUGAGAAAUCAGACAAGAGCAUCACCCAAACCUUACUUGACCCAUCUAUGAAAAAACUUGAGUCUCCAACAACACCAACCCGAAGUCCAUCCACCCACAAAAACCCCAGCACUCCUAAAAGAUCAAGUUCCUGUAAGAGCCCUGUAAGGUCCCCAGCCUCCCAAGGGCAAUACCCUCCUUCCCCAGUGAGGCACAGAGCCUCAAUGCCCAGCACAGAGGGCAAGAGGUGGGGAGGGGAGGAGAGUAGAGGCAACAACACUCUGGAGAGAAAGACUUCUAGAGCAGAGAGAAUCCCCAAAUCCACAAGCAAGGAAUUUGGACACAAUUUAGAGUCUCCAGUGACUCCCACUGGGAAAGCGGGUACCACUGAUGCUGAGGAGGCCUCCAGGCUGCUGGCGGAGAGACGACGCCUUGCUAGAGUACAGAAGGAGCAGGAGGAAAAGCAACAGCUAGAAGAGAAAAGGCUCAGGGCUGAGGAGCUCCAGAGACAGCAAGAGGAGGCAAGACAGAGGCAGGAGCAAGCAGCUCGGCAGGCAGAGGAGAAAAGACAGAGACAGGAGGAGGAGCGCUGCCAGAGAGAGCAGGAGGACAGACAGCAAAAGGAGCAACGUUGGAAAGACCUUCAGGAUGAGCUGGAAAGACAGAGAGAGGAAGCACUGCAGAGGGUUCAUAGGGAAGCCGAGCGGAAGAGACAGGAGAGAGAGCUUCUGAAAAUUCAGGAGGAGCAAGAGAGACUGCAAAGGAAGAAGCGUAUUGAGGAGAUAAUGAAAAGGACAAGAAAACCGGAUGGAGAAUCAAAGAAAGAGGAAGUAGAGAUGGAAGCCCCAUCCCCCAUAUCUGUUUCCCAGUCCGCCUCACUGUCUCCCUUGGAAACUGGAGGUAACGCACAGAUUAACAGUCCAGCGAAGGCAAAGUCUAAUUCUCCACUCAUUUGCCUUGAGCCAUUGGAGGCAAAGAGCAGUGGGGCAGAUGAUCUUUCUGAUGGAGUCCAGUCCAUGGAUGUCAGCCCAGUUUCCAGAGAAGAGCUGCUGCCUGUCUCAGAUUAUUCCCCCGUCAGCGAGAUCUCACAGAACAGCAUGAGUUCUGUGGCUUUGGAUGAUAUCCUGGGUCUGACCGGGCAAGUCUCACAUCCCAAAGUAUCAGCUGCUCCAGCAUUUGGUGACUGCAACAAGAACCUGAUCCAGGAUUGUAGCAGCGCUGCUAUUGACUCAUCGCUUUUCCAGAGUCUUAGACCAACCUCAGACAAGCUCAACAUCUAAUUACAGUAUAAGACACUGUUGAAGCAUUGGGCUGGACUGAACUGAUGGAUUGAAGCUGACCUUAGAGAGACCAGCCCUUUGUGCCUCAUUCCUAGCUUUAUAAAGCUUCUUCAUGAGAGCCUCCUCUUCCUCAAUAUCAUCUGAAAAAGAGAACAAGCACUGAAUGUUAAACCAUGAGUGAAUAGUCAAGAAUUGACACCCUGACAGUUGAUUCCCACAGAUUAAAUAAAGUUUUGCCUGUUCCUUGUAGAUAUUAUAUUUCACAUGAUUUUGCUGUAGUAUCACCAAACAAAGACAACUGUAUUAGCACAGUCUUAGUGGUCUUCUUGUUAUACACAUGUAGCAUUGAUGAGUGAUACACUGUGACAAUUGUAGCAGCUCCAUUGUGUAAUUUGUUUUAUUUUGGGUUGCAUAAAUGACCAGCAAACCAGGCUGUUAUGUGCUGCGUCUGCUAAUUGUGCUGUAUCCUAUGGCUGGGGUUUGCAAACAUUAUAUUGUGUAAAGCCAUGAAUUCUCCGCAUUGUCUAAGCAAUCCAAGCUUUGUAGUCUGAACGUGGAUAUGCAUAUUUAGUACAGAUGUAAAGUGUGAAAUUAUUCCAUCAUAACGCUGUUAUUCUGGCAUCGUUGUAUUAUUAGUCAGCAGCUUUUAGAAGUUUUGGGGAUGUACACAAAAAAGCCUGUACGUCUAAUGUAAUUUAUUGUGUAAAAGUGUAAAAAGGGAAUUAAAAGUGCACCACUCCCUUGUGUUGACAGCAUUGCGCUUUUAAUUCUUCAUGGGCUUUUUCUGUAUUGUUUUGUUAUCUAUGAACUAGCUAUGAUAUCACUGCAAACAGCUCUAUGCAGAAAAGUGCAAUAGCAACACAAAUGAAAGAAAUUCUGCAACUCUACAUCUGUACAGUAUACUGAUUAAAAAGACCUGUAUUUACUGAUAAAUCAUAGGCCUAUUUGCUUACCUUGUGAAAAAAGACUGUAUACUCAGGGUGCUGGUGAACUUUGCAUGUGAGCUCAGUUUUAUUUUUUUCAGUGUUUGAACCGAUGUUUGGUGGUUUCAAUGGCUUGUAGUAUGAUGCUGUUGUGUAAAACGUCUGAUGCACUGGAUUGGUUCAGGACCAACAUGGAACAAAUAUCUUGAAAGCUGUAUCUAUCUAUGUAUCUAUCUAUCUAUCUAUCUAUCUAUCUAUCUAUCUAUCACAAAACUUGGGAUUUUGAUUACAUUUUAGAUUUUACAGAGGGUGAUUGGUUGAUACUUGUUUUCAGCUCUUCAAAAUGACUUAAAGGUGCAUGAAUCAAUGGAUCAGCUGCUUAAAGUCGCAGAACCCUGAGAUAUUGACAAAACAAUAAAAAUGAUGUAAUAUCCUGAGCUUUUCUUAUAAACAAUAAAUGCAGUUUUGGCAGUGUA